AAGGCCGUAGGAAAAAUUUCAUUUUUGGGUCACCGGUGACCCAAUCGUCCUUAAAGGGUUAAAUUGCUCUCCUGCAAAGUUGGCCAUUCACGACUUAUUCGUUUUAUAUUCUGAGCCUUCGAUAUAAAUUCGAAUUCGAGUAUUCCGCAAUGCCAGGAUGCUUUGCCAUACAUUUAUUUCAUAUUUUUCCUAAAGAACAAAUUCCUGGAAAUCCCUUGUAGAUAUCAAAAUUAAUGAAGUGGAAAUAUGAUGUAUGUUUCCAUAAACAUUUUCAUCAAUAUGAAGUGCAAUUUCUAUUAAAAUUACUUCACUUCUCCGCAUUGGAAAAUAAGCCUUUUGCUUAAGAAAUUUGUGGAAGAAUUCAAUGGGAAGUAGCCAGAGGAGUAAAAUUCGUAGACCCAUGUCUAAAAGCUUUCAAAUCAGUUUCCCGGAAAAUCCUCAUCGUCUGCAUAUACCAAAACAGAUACUGAAGGAACAGAAUCGAAAGCUCAUUCACUCUGCCGCAUAUUACAAUGCUUCCAUUACGGAAAUAUGAUUUAUAGGUAGAUGCGAAGUUUCCUAUAACUUCUGUGAAAAUCAUAUGGAAAUCCUAUUGUUCUAAGUUUUAAGCUCUUGUGGGUUUCGGACAAGGUGAACUAUUAGAUGUUCUUCCCCGCAGGAACAAAGAGCUUUAGGAGGAGGAAGAGCAAAGCUUAACAUAUUCUUUGGCAGAAGGGAUUAACGCUGCAAUUAUUACAUAUUCCACUGAUUUUUUCUAUUCAUUCAAGUUUGAUUUUCAGAUCAUGCGUGUUUUCCUCGAAUAUUUCAUUCUUGGACGAUGUGUGAUUGUGAGUGGCAUAAAUGUUGGUGUAGGUUGAGGAAAGUACUUUACAAACACCAUGGAGAAGUGCUCCAGAGCGAGAGCGAGAGAGAAUUGGGAGCUUAAAGCUCUUUGGGUAGGUUUUGGAGUCCAACCAGUUCAAUCGGUCACCAGUUGAAAUCCAACCACGACGUGUGAUGGUUUAGUGUCUUCUGAAAGAAGUCCUUUCCAGUCAAAAGAAUCAAACACCAUUCAUCAAGAUCUUCUCUUAAGAACGUUUCAAAGGAUUAAUUGUGGUUUUAAGGAUUAUUUUAUGGUGCAAAAGUUGUUUCAAGAGCAAUUUAAUUCAAGGUAUGAGCAUUUUGCAAAGUUCUAGCUCACCUGUUGAACUCCAAGUGAAAAGUGAUUAAGGUUCUUCUUUCAAGUGAAAAGUGACUACCAGUAUUUCUCUUUCGUGAUCUCUUGUGAAAAGGAAGAACUUUUAUGAAAAAAAAAGUUAAAUUCAUUGAAGAAGUUGUGUUGAAUGUGGAAUUUUUAGCAAAAUAAGAAAUGGUACUAAGUCUUCUCCAAUCUCAGUGGAUGAAAAAAACAGUGUUAAAAGGAAAAACAGCUCCCAAAGGACGUUAAGGAUAUUUUUUUUUGUGUUGUGCAAAAGAAACAUUGCAAAUUAAAGAAGGAAGCCCCAAUUGAAACAUCACAAGCUAAGGAGUUUCCAAGGAGAAAAUUAAUCUCUAUAGGAACAAAUGGGUUAUUUUAAUUGACCCAUCAACGUGACUUCUGUGCCGAGGGAUUGAAUGGGGAAGUGGACAACGUCAGAGGAUCAAACAAUUUCAUCAGACAUGCAUAUUGUCGUGAUAAAGUACAUACAGCUCUUCUGUCUCACGGUCUUCGUCACCAACAACAUCAACUGUGAUCAACUGUUGCUGCAGAACGCCAAGGAGGACCAAUCCCUCUACUCUGACGUCUCAUGCACAGCCAAUUGUCUCAAAGACAAUCCAUUAGAGAGUCUCUCUUCCUGCUACGAUGAAUGCUUUUCGCAUAGAGGCGAAAGUGGCCAUGGGCUGACCAAUAGAAGUGGCAGUGACACCUUCUUCCUCAGGCUGCUCUGUCGUGACGACACCAGCCUAACCCUGGAGGUGGUCAUUGGGCCCAGUGAGGAAACGGAAACAGUCCAGACAGCAAUCGAUUCUAAUCAACGAGCGAGCGGCAUGGAUUUUUUGUCAGCUCCUAAUGAUACAACGAGGAAAAUGCUUGGAAAUUCCAAGCGUGGGUCAGGGUUUCGACCCUGCCACAAUUGCCUCUAUUUGCUGAAAAUCCAAGAGACUGGCGAUCCACAGGCUGUACGGACAGUCUAUUUGUCUAACAGUUCAACGAUUGAAAUCACAAACUUGAAUUCCUGGAAGAGAUACAACGUAUCUGGGACAGUUAUUAACACAUUUUCCGAAUAUGCGUACAUUAAGAUGAGCAAUUUUAGCACAUUGAAGAAGGACUUUAUACCCCAGAGGAUUGAGACGAUUAAUUUAACGAGAUAUGAAUUGCACAGUGGCAGCAACAAUUUACUGGAUGCUGUAGUUGCGUGGGAGCCUACAUCAGACUUAGUUUGCUCCUACGAAGUUUUCUGGUAUUUCCCAGAUGGGGGUGAUUUUCGCAUAAAGAAGAAGGAUAUCAAUGAGACGGAUCCUCACUAUACGUUCACCGUGCCAGAAUUGAAUUUUGGCUCAGAACUGAAGGUUUCUGUGCGAGCCAGGAAUGUUAAGAAUUCAUCAUUGGAGGAUGGGAAGGGUCCGUGGGUGGAAAGGACCAUUCCCACCUGUUUGGAAUGGUACAACAGCAGCUUGGAACAGUGUGCACCUCCUGUGCCAGAAAACAUCGAAAGCGAGGAAGAACUUGUGGACAAUCACGUGUAUAACAUCAAUGUGACGUGGGAACGUGCUUUGAUACCAUCGGACUACUACAUUGUCAACAUAUCCGAUGUUCUGGACAAUAGUCUCAGUGGAUCUCUCAAUGUAUCCGGGGACAGCACCUGGGCCUUCUUCCAAGCCAUCAGAAUUGUGGGGAUUCAGUAUGAGAUAAGUGUGACGGCAUGUUCAGCUGGAGGAUCAUCAGUAGCCAAGGGCAAUAAGUUCUUUGAUAAAAAUCUUCAAGUCUCAGACAAUCUUGGCAUAUUUCGCUUGUUCCUCCUGACCGUGACACCUAUCUUGCUUAUUACCAUCCUGGGAGUGGUAUUUGUGGUGCUGUUCCAUCGACGAGCCAAGCUGAAGCGCAGUGAAAAACGCCGAAGAUACUUUGAGGAACUUGAACAGAAGGCUCCAAUUGACCCAAAUUCAAAUUUUGAUAUCAAACACAGCAUUUUUGGGAGUAGCAUAAACAUCAAUAUGAAUGAUGUGGAUUCCCUUAUGUUUCCCAACGACGAACUUGAGCUGAGGAAGGAUCAGGUGUCGAUUCUGGGGGUUUUGGGUGAGGGAGCUUUUGGGCUGGUGCGCAAAGGGGUGGUCAAAUUUGAUGAUGGCAAUGAAAAGUUCGUUGCAGUGAAAAUGCUAAAGAAGAGUCCCAAUUCUGAGGAGAUUAAGGAGUUCAAGCAGGAGAUAGAUGUGAUGAAAUCAGUGGGGUAUCAUGCCAAUAUUGUUGGAUUGGUUGGACACUGUACCAGGGACAUCCACAAGAUGAUGCUCCUCACAGAGUUCUGCAGCAAAGGCAACCUUCUCAACUAUCUGAGACUCGAAUGGCUCCAUUUGACGCAAAUGCAUCAGGAGCUGAAGCGCCAGAUUGAGGAGAAAUCUUCACCAAGUCUCACUCCAGCUCUCGAGAAGCAAAAAUGCCCUGAGAGUAUCUUCAACUUUGACACAUCUUUUGGAGAUAAAACUUUCAGAAAUUACAAGAAUGUUAUUGAGGGAACGGAUCAUUAUGAGAAAAUUCAACCAAUUCCAGAAGGUAGUGAGAAGGGUGAGAGGGAGAUGAAGAACUCCUGCACAAAUUCCUGUCGGUGCUUUGUGGAAAUUGUGCAGCCAAAUAAGUCUGGUGACCUCAGAGAUUCCAAUCUCAAUGACCUCAAUACUCCACCGAGUCUGAGGAAGUGCACCAUUAAGAUCCGGGAUUGCGAGUGCAAUGACAAGGCACCAGAUCCACCCACAAUUCCCAAUGCUGUGGAAAAUCGCAGCUACAACGGUCUCCUGGCCAAUGGGGUUCUCCUCAGUGGUUCCCGGAGACAGUCUGAGGAAUGCCAAAGUGCUCCAAAAUGUCUAACCAAAAGGGACCUUCUUCACUUUGCCCGACAAGUUGCUGUGGGAAUGGAAUUCUUGGCAUGCAAUAAAGUUGUCCAUCGUGAUCUGGCUGCCCGGAAUGUUCUGGUGUGCGAGGACAAUGUUGUGAAAAUCUCGGAUUUUGGCUUGAGCAGGGAUGUCUACCAAGAGAACAUGUACAAGAAGGUGGGGAAUGGGAAGCUGCCCAUAAAGUGGUUGGCCCUUGAAUCGCUAACGCAUCAAGUGUAUACGAGUCAGAGCGAUGUAUGGUCGUAUGGGGUGCUUCUAUAUGAGAUUCUCACUCUUGGGGGCAAUCCCUAUCCUUCAGUGCCAACAAAUCGGCUCCUGAAACUCCUAAAGUCGGGCUAUCGAAUGGAGAGACCGAGAAAUUGUGGAGUGCAACUGUAUGAGCUGAUGCUCUCCUGCUGGAAGAUUAAUCCCCAUGACAGGCCUAAUUUCACAGACAUUGUCAAGAAGAUUGAUCAGCUGAUGAUGGAGCUACCAAAAGAUGAACCUAUUGAUCCUGAGAAUCUCAGGGAAUCCAAAGAGAAAUCCUCCACUGGGGAAUCAUACUUGAAGCCCUUAUAGUAUUACUCUUACCAUCAAUCCAUGACAUCGUCAUUGACUUGAUCCCCAAGACAAUAUCAGAGAAUUUCCUGGAACUCCCCAAAUGGAGUAACUUUAUCAAAAAAGAAUUCAAGAAGACAUGCAGCAUCUUCAAGAAUCUCCUGAACAUCCUCCCAAAAAGGAUGCAAUAUUUGGCUGUUUUCUGUGACUUUUCUGAAGACAACAAAAAAUUCCUGCAAAAUCUCAAUGACCUAAGAGAAUCCAAAGGUUUCAACCAAAUCCAUCAAACAAGGAAUUUUGUGAAGAUAUUUUUUUUAUUGUACAAUAUCCACAAUAUAUCCGGGAGAAAAGAAAAAAAUCAAGAGAAAUAUUCUUAGAACAUUUAUCAGUGUAAAUAAAGAGAAUGUAUUUGCAAAGA